AUGCAUUCUCCUGAGACCCACGCUCCUACCGCCGCCACCGCCGCCACCGCCGCCACCGCCACCACCGCCGCCACCGCCACCACCGCUAGAGAGCCCAGUGUCCUGAAGAAGCACAUCCGCUCGCACACGGGGGAGCGCCCGUACCCCUGCGCCCCCUGCGGCUUCUCCUUCAAGACCAAAAGCAAUCUGUACAAACACCGCAAGUCACACGCUCACCUGGCGAAGGCGGGGGCCGUGGCGGGGACCGGCUCGGAGCACGGCUCGUUCGAAGGAGACUUCUCAGAUGGAGACCAGACCUCGGACUCUGAGGACGAGGCGCCGAGUGACCCUCUGCUGCUGCUGGACGCCACGGGCUCUGCCCACACGGCCGUCAAAGUCCUUAGCCUCAUCUCGCACAAGAGGGGAACGACGAUGGCUCCUUUGGCCGUGCAGGAGCAGCAGGAGCAGCAGGAGCAUCUCCCCUCCAGCGCCGUCAAGCAGAGGUUAGCGCUGCGGCUGUCGGAGAAGCGCAGCAGCGACUCUGAGCACAACCUGUCACUCCCGAGUCAGUCCAGCAAAGGCAGCACGGACUCCGGAUACUUCUCUCGCUCGGAGAGCUCGGAGCACCAGCCGGGCCCGCCCAACGCUAACGCUAAGUCAUAUCAAGAAAUCAUGUUUGGGAAGUGCUACAGGCCGAGUCCCAAGCAGGGGUUUGGGAGCGAGGGCUCGGAGAGAAGCGUGUCGCGGGUUUAUACGCAGGAGAAGGACGGAGCGGAGUCCAUUAGGAUCAACACCUUCAUGGGAGAAGAAGAGCUACAGCCGGACGCAGACCUGGGGCUGUUGCUGAUGAGGAGCAACUCCAUGCCCACGUCGUGCACCACCGCGGCGCAGACGGCGCCCGCGCUGAGAGGCAGCCACUCCUUUGACGAGCGCACGAGCUCAGGAGGCGCCCGGAGGCUACGCAGGCAAGCGGCCUUCGAACUGUCCCACGACACACAUGCAGACGAAGCUCACGGGAAACUCAGCGAAGUGACGGAGAUGGAGAACUACCCAUCCACACCGCCGCACACCAGCUACCACCGACAGGCGCUGGAGCUCGCCACGCGCAAACGCCGCAAGGAGAAGGAGGAAGAGUCGCAGGGUCGGUACGAGAGCAAGGGCCAAGGAUCUGUGUGUGAGAUGGACGUAACUGUCAGUGCAGAAAUAUCAACGAGAAAGACUCUUGGCAACGUCAUCUCCGUGAUACAACACACCAACUCCCUGAGCCGCGGCCACAUGGAACUGACCUAUCACAGCAGCCCGUACUAUCUCGCUCUGGAGGCCAGCGACGGCCACGAGAUGGAGAGAGGUGACGGCAAACUGCGACAGUCUAUACAGAUGGGGCCCAAGCUCGUCCGCCAACCCAACAUCCAGGUCCCAGAGAUCCGGGUGACCGUGGAACCAGACAGUCCAGAGAAGGCUCCGGAAACCCCCGCCAAAGAACCAGAGAAGCAGGUGGUGGAGGAGUUCCAGUGGCCUCAGCGCAGCGAGACAUUAGCUCAGUUCCCUCCAGAGAAACUGCCCCCAAAGAAGAAGAGGCUCCGCCUGGCGGAGAUGGAGCACUCGUCCGGAGAGUCCAGCUUCGAGUCGGCAUGCACCUCUCUGUCCCGCAGCCCGAGCCAGGACAGCAACCUGUCUUACAGCUCCACCUACAGCUCCUCGUUCUCCUGCGAGCGCGAGGACGGCGGCCGGGCGCAGGACGACUGUGGGAAGGAGCUGCUGUCCGUGCCGAACAGCGGCACUCUGUCGUUACUGCAUCAGCGACAACAGAACGAGAUGCGGCGCUCAGCGUCGGAGCAGGCGCCGUGUCACCAGCGCAGAGAGCUGCCCGAGGUCCGCAGCGUGUCCUUCGACUGCGGCAAUCUGGACCCGAGUCCGCGACUGAGACUCGACUACGAGAAGCGGAGCUUCGUGAGGCAGGAGCCUGUGAACACAGAGUCCACCGUGGCGCACCUUCUGACGCGCAGUUUCCCCAUAUUCUCCACGGGUGUUUUCCCGCAGCUGCCGCACCCCAGUCUGCUGGUCCCAGUGCGCAUCCAGACCAACGUGCCGGCGCUCAGCAGCCUGACCUACACCACAGUGUCGCAGGUGUUCGACCAUCACAGCGAGGCCCUCGGCCUCUUUUCCCCAAACACUCAGGAUCCUCAGCGGAGCACGGAGCAGACGCUGGAGGCUCUGGACUUGUCCUCGGCAAAACUGAAGACAGGAAUCCCUCUGUCGCUGACGUCGCGCACCAUCUCCACCACCAACGCCUCCAGCGGUGCCAACAAGCGCAUGCUGUCCCCGGCCAGCAGCCUGGACCUGGUCCUGGAGGUGAAGCAGCAGAAGCGCGUGAAGGAGGAGCGCAUGUUUGGACAGAUUGCAGAUGAACUGAGCGCCGUGGAGCUCGGCAACAGCAGCGAGGAGCCCAUGGACGUGAGCGCUGCGCACGCAGGAAGAGAGGCGUGCGGGGGAGACGAGGGAGAAGGGGACGACAAGAGAGAAGUGGACGACGAGAGAGAAGGGGGAGACGAAGGAGAUGAGGGAGACAAAGGAGACAAAGAAGACGAGGGAGAACAGGCACGUGCGGGAGACAAGGUGCCGGUCGCGCGGCGGUUCCCCAGUCUGCGCACCACGACGGCCGUGAGCUGGUGCUUCCUGAACUUCACCAAACCAAGCAGCUGCGAAGGGCGCCCCCUGCAGUCUGUGUACGGCGUGUGGUGCGUGAGCGCGCAGAACCCCAACCCGCUGGAGCUCAGCACCGGCGUUGCACUUGCGCUGCUGCGCUCCAGACAUCGCAGCGGCGAGGUUCUCUACACCGCCGCCCAGAUGAGUGAGACCGGAGCGGGGAAGGUGGUGUCGUCUCUGCUGGUGUGGAGAGCACAGGAGCAGAAACCCGAGCCUGGUGACUCACAGGUCGACGGGAAGAAGCCCAAGGACGUGAGACCCAAGACGGGGACCGCACCCAGCCCAGGCCAGACCCCAGGCCAGACCCCAGGCCAGACCCCAGGCCAGACCCCUCCCAGGACUGUGCAGAGGCUGCGGUCGUCUCUGGAGAACGAUGAAGAGACAGGAGCUGAGUGUGAGGAAGACAAGCUCCUGAAGCUGAUGCUGAAGCAGACGCAGCUGCGAGACGUUCUGUUAGCUCACCACCUGCUGGGAGGCUAUGACGUGCGUCAGACGAACAAGGACAAGUGUCUGUGCUUCUCAUUCCCCAUGGUGUUUGAGGGAACCAUGAUGGAGACGUACCAUGUGGAGCUGAGCGUGAGGCCGUCGCUGCGGCUGCUUCGGCACAACCUGCCGCCGUUCAUCGCCGUGGAGCGUCUGUGUGGCGAGACCGAGCUGCGAGACGUGCAGCGCGCCUUUGACACGCUGAGUCGGCACCUACACGCUUUCACCUCCAGGAGGGGGCAGCUGAGGAUCGUGCAGGUGAGAGGGAGGAACCAGGUGAGAGGGAGGAACCAGGUGAGAGGGAGGAACCAGGUGAGAGGGAGGAACCAGGUGAGAGGGAGGAACCAGGUGAGAGGGAGGUACCAGGUGAGAGGGAGGAACCAGGUGAGAGGGAGGAACCAGGUGAGAGGGAGGUACCAGGUGAGAGGGAGGAACCAGGUGAGAGAAGGACCAGGUGAGAGGGAGGUACCAGGUGAGAGACACGCUGAGCCUGCACCUACACGCUUUCACUUCCAGGAGGGGGCAGCUGAGGAGGGUACAGGUGAGAGGGAGGAACCAGGUGAGAGGGAGGAACCAGGUGAGAGGGAGGUACCAGGUGAGAGGGAGGUACCAGGUGAGAGGGAGGAUCCAGGUGAGAGACACGCUGAGUCUGUACCUACACGCUUUCACUUCCAGGAGGGGGCAGCUGAGGAUGUACAGGGUCUGGGUUGGGUCCAGGUCCUGGAGUCCAACCCUCUGGUCUCGGUUCUGGUCCUGGUCUUCACUGAGGCCUCACUGAAGGCGUCUGUGUUGUGUUCUCUGGAGUACGGAGAACUGAGCCGCAGUCUGCCCACCAGGGUCUGUCUGCAGUGUGAAGAGCAGGACCUCAGUAGCGCCCCCCAGUGGCAGAAGAACAAAUCUCUGAUCCAGAAUUCUCCGCUUCACGAGGCUCUGGGCGUCCUGAGGAAAACUGGACACAUCCUGUAG